AUGAAGUGUGGUGAGGAUAGGUGGCAAUUGGGUGAGAUAUUGGAGUCAAAACAUCAGGAUGCGUCAGACAAGGAGUGCACUCCGCGUCGGACUGAUGAUGAUAAUAUGCUGAUGAUGAGAGGUUGCUUCCACCUCAGAAAGUACCCGAAUUGCCCUCUCCGUCCUUCAUUUGGCAUCUAA